AUGUCAGAGACACCAAGGAGCCACUAUUCUGGUUGCAGCACUCUUAACUCGUUGGAUGCUGCAGAGAAAGGCAUCUACGACAGUUCAGUCGACUUGCCUGCCCCCGGAUUCGUAUAUCUCGAACAAAAGGGUUCAUUAGUUCCAGCUGCCUCACCCGUCCAUCAAGGCAUAACACCAUGCACGAGUGUGUCAGAACUCUCGCUUGCGUUACCAGUUGUACACAAGCCUGCUGAUACCGCCAAACUACCAAACUCGGUCGAGAAACCGAUAGCAGCAAAACCAAAGAAGCCCGAGUACAGUCGAUGGCUCCUAUUCGAUCUUUGGUUCAACACUUAUCGGAAGUUCUUCGUAGUCGUCGUCUCACUCAACCUGACGGGUAUCAUCCUCGCCGGUCUCAAUCGCUUCCCAUACGCGGAGAAUCAUCUAGGUGCCUUGGUUCUGGGCAAUAUGCUCACCGCUGUCCUAGUGCGGAACGAGCUCUGGAUGCGCUUGAUGUACUUACUCGCCAUAUACGGGUUGGGCUGGGCACCAGUGUGCGUGAAGCUUGCCGCGACCUCUGCUCUGCAGCACGUCGGUGGCAUUCACUCGGGAUGUGCUCUAUCCGGCACUGCAUGGCUAGUCUACAAGAUCGUCGAUAUCGUCCGAUACCGAGGGAUUCAACAUCCCGCCGUGAUCGCCACCGGCAUCAUUACGAAUGUACUCUUCCUGAUUUCAAUCAGCAGUGCUUUUCCGUGGGUUCGCAACACCCAUCACAACGUAUUCGAAAAACACCAUCGAUUUGUAGGAUGGCUCGGCCUCGCUAUGACCUGGGUUUUUGUCGUCUUGGGCAAUUGCUACGACGUAAAGCACGGCGUGUGGAGGUCAGAUAGCCACAGUCUACUCAGCACGCAAGAGCUCUGGUUCGCCGUCUUCAUGACCAUCUUUGUCCUCCUUCCUUGGGUUACACUCCGCGAAGUGCCAGUAGAGGUGGAGAUCCCAUCACCCAAGGUUGCAGUCUUGAAGUUUGAACGUGGCAUGCAGCAAGGCCUCCUCGGGCGCAUCAGCCGCACAUCGGUCAUGGAGUAUCACGCGUUUGGUAUCAUCAGCGAGGGCCGCAACGCCACACACCACUAUAUGAUCUGUGGUGUCCAGGGUGACUUCACCAAGGCUCUCGUAUCCGAUCCACCAAAGACCGUAUGGACCCGCCAGCUCAAGUUCGCUGGCGUUGGCCACGCAUCAGCAAUGUUCACACGAGGCAUCCGUAUCUGCACCGGCACCGGCAUCGGCGCAGCUCUCUCAACAUGUAUCCAGUCUCCCAAUUGGUUUCUCAUCUGGAUCGGGUCAGACCAGGAGCGCACCUUCGGCCCGACCGUCACAGGCCUCAUCACCAAGCACAUUGAGCCCGAGCGCAUGAUCCUAUGGGACAGCAAGAAGCGCGGCGGCCGUCCCGACACUAUGGAACUACUGCGCGACACCUGGAAGCGCUUCGGCGCAGAGGUUAUUUUUAUCACGAGCAAUGCUCAAGGCAACGACGAGAUGAUGAGAGGUUGUAAGAAGGAGGGCAUGCAUGCUUUCGGCACUUUGUGGGACUUUUAG